CGGAAGCCAGUAUGACCCGCUUCUCCUUGAAAAAGCAAGGUCAAACGUAUAUAAAGCUGGCCAUGAUUUCCCAAUUUUCUUUUUCUACUGUGCCUAACCAAAAAAAACAAAUCUCUCCAUCCAUAACAAUGAAUACAAUCCACCAAGUCCUUCCUAGACCCUUUGCAAAGCUGCCUAUUCCAUCUCACUCUGAACAUUCCUGCCCAUGCGCCACCUGUUCCUUCUCUAUCCCUCCUCCCAUCAUCCCCAUGCCCACUGCCACGAACAAGUCGCAAAGACUUCCUUCCAUCAAAUCAUUAGAUUUAAUGAAUGAUAUUCCUCGUCCCACUAAGAGAAUUUGCAAGGAAGCCCACCCACCAGCCAAAAGACAUCAGAGAUCCAUCUCCAUGCCUGAAGGUCGCACUAUGAACCGUCCAUCCAUGAGUGACCUAUUGAACGCAAUUGAUCUCGAUCAACGCAUGAGCAACUUUUACCGAGAUGAAGUAGUGAAAAAUGCCGCAAGAGAACAAGGACGUCUGCUUGCCCGCAUGAUGACUUCAUCUUCCCCUCUAUCAUCACCUCAUAUGCAGAGGUGGUCGGCUAGACGAUCACCCAUGGCACGCAAUCACCGAAGAGCUUAUAGCCACCAAACGCAAUUGCCAUCGCCUCCAACUAGCCCAAUUCCUAGCCACCGUCGCAUCCGAUACGUAUCGGUUGAUUCAGCCGAUCAAGUUGUCCAAAAACACUUGAAUAACUGUAGAAGACAUCAGUAGACUACGCCACUCCCUAUUUCCAUUCAUUCUAAACCAAAAAGGAACUCUUUCUCCUCGAGCUUACCAGUGUAGUUGUUUGUUGCAUUUUCCUGUUUAUUUCGCUU